AUCCAGUUUCCUUUAUUGUUCAUUUCUUUGUGUCUUCCAGUUGCCUUGUUCCCAGUGGAGGAUAAUGGAACGGCUGUGGUUCUCUUUGCUGUUGCUGGCAGCAGCAUGCAGGGGACAGCCGUGUCCGAAACGCUGUAUGUGCCAGAGCCUUUCUCCUUCGCUCGCUAUCCUCUGCUCAAAGACAGGUUUGCUGUUUGUUCCUGCUGCCAUCGACCGACGCACCGUGGAGUUACGACUUCAAGAGAACUUCAUCACAGCUGUCCGAAGGAAAGACUUUGCCAACAUGACCAGCCUCCUACAUCUGACAUUGUCCAGAAACACCAUCAGUCAGAUCCUCCCCACAGCUUUCAGUGACCUACGGCGACUGAGAGCUCUCCACCUAGACUCCAAUAGAUUAACUGUGAUCAAGGAUGACCAUUUCAAAGGCCUUACCAACCUUCGCCACCUAAUUCUGGCCAACAACCAGCUCCACUCCAUAUCUCCCCAUGCCUUUGAUGACUUCCUGUCUACGCUGGAGGAUCUGGACCUCAGUUACAACAACCUUGCCCAGGUGCCCUGGGACACAAUUGGACGCCUUACCAAUGUCAAUACCCUAAAUAUGGAUCACAACCUCAUAGAAAAUGUUCCCCAAGGAGUAUUCACCAACCUACACAAACUGGCCAGGCUAGACAUGACAUCCAACAAGCUGAAGAAAAUUCCCCCAGACCCACUGUUCCUGAGAAUCCCAGUUUAUGCAAAGUCCAAAGGCAGCCCCCUCUCCUCCCUGGUGUUGAGUUUUGGUGGCAACCCCCUUCACUGUAACUGUGAACUUCUGUGGUUGAGGAGACUGACCAGAGAAGACGACCUGGAGACAUGCGCCUCUCCCCCUGACCUUAGUGCCAAGUAUUUCUGGACAAUACCUGAAGAGGAGUUUAUUUGUGACCCACCAGUGCUGACCCGUAAGUCACCUCAUACAGUUGCUAUGGAGGGCCAGCCCGCCAGCCUGAAGUGCAAAGCAAAUGGCGACCCAGAGCCUGAAGUUCACUGGAUCAGUCCCGAAGGGCGACUUAUAUCUAAUGGCUCCAGAACUUUGGUUUUCCCUAAUGGAAGCCUGGAGAUCAAUGUCACAUCCCUAAAGGAUUCAGGAAACUUCACCUGCAUUGCCUCCAACGCUGCAGGUGAAUCCACAGGAAGGGUGGAGUUAGUUGUCACGGCGAUGCCCCAUCUGGCAAACAGCACAAGCCGCAGUCGAGACCCAUCCUCUGAACUUGCACCUUCUGACAUCCUGACCUCUUCUAAGGUUGCGCUCCCCAACAACGAGACAAGAGGGGCAGAUCGGAGGGUUUCGUUGGUGGAACUGACAGGAAACUCUGCCCUCAUUAGAUGGAGCAGUCAGACUCCAAUAUCUGGAGUCAGGAUGUUCCAGGUCCAAUACAACAGCUCUGGGGAUGACACACUGGUGUACAGGAUGAUUCCAUCCAGCAGCAAUGACUUCCUGGUCCGUGACCUCGCUGCUGGGCGUAACUACGAUCUUUGUGUCCUGGCUGUGUUUGAUGAUGUCAUCACAUCACUGACUGCAACGCGUCCUCUGGGUUGUCUGUCAUUCACCACAGACACGGAGUUCAGCCAGUGUCAGGCACUACACAGCCAUUUCCUGGGCGGCACUAUGAUUAUCAUCAUUGGUGGGAUUAUUGUGGCAUCUGUGCUGGUUUUCAUUAUCAUCUUAAUGAUAAGAUACAAGGUUUACAGCCACCAAGGGGCAGGCCACGGAAAAGCAGCCAUUUCUGCAGCUGCGCCAAGACCGCAGAGCAAUGGACAAGGAGGAGGUGGACAGGUCCAAGUUCUACCUCGUUCUGCCUCAAAAAUGACUGACAGUCAGGAUGACCAAGCACUGGGGCCAUCCAGGGCCAUGUCGCCUAGCAACACCCUGAGAGACACUGUGGCAUUGGUUGAGGAGGAGAGCAGUGGACGGAGCAUAAUGACAAGGACUGACUCCUUGGCCAAUGAGGAGUUGCGAUCGCCCACCAAGGCCCGCUUCUCCUCAAGGGUCGCCAUUGAGAUGAAAAGCAGACCACCAUCUGUCGCCAAAGAGCCCACCUCCCCCAAGGAACUGGCAGAAGCCUGAUGUUGUUGUUCUACGUGGCAGAUGUGGAGAGUGGACAUCACCACCAGGGAGAGCCAGUGAAAACCCUGAAGAAAAAAAAAGGCCCUGACUUCUCUCCCCAUAUCGCCCGUUUACUCUCCCUAUUACUUUGUUUCCAUCAGGUUAUACACUUGUACUGUCUGAUUUACUUUUAACUGCUUAACCUGGUUCUCAUGUCUGGAUUGGACGACCGUGUCAAGGCCUGAUGGCUGUUUGGCUUUUGAUUGGCCAGUUCCUGCAGGAUCCAGCUGUUGGUGUGAUCACCUUGGUCAGUUUUAAUGGAAUACCCAUUAAAUGCUGAAUUUUCCACUUUAAAACAUCAGUACAAGUGUGGAAGUCAAUACAAUGGGCUACUGGAUAAUUUAAAAAACAACACUGAUAUGUCUUGACAUAGAAAAUGGACAGAAUAUAUGAAUGAGCCUCUCACCAUCUGGAGCCACAUCAACAUGCAUGGACAGAUACUGAGCGGAUGAUAAAAACAGACAGACAGACAAUAAAUGGCUAAACAGUAAAAGUUGGAUGCAUAGAUAAUCACACUUAAUCUGCAUCUGGAUAUAAUAUUGUAGACUGCACAAACAGAAAAGGAAUAGAAAUCACAAAUAAAGGAGUCUGAGUGAGUCCAGUUUUGGAUAUGAACAAACUGUAUGGUAACUGCUCAAACAAUAACAGCUCAGUGCUUGUGCAACUAGACAUAAGGGACUCAAUAUGGCUGGUGCCAAGUGGCUCCACGCUAUUAAUCCUUGGGGAAUAAUGCAAUUCCACUAAACUGAACUGAGCUAGUCUGAGCUGGAACUCAACCUUAACUGGACCCAGUCGGAAGUUUGCCUCUGGAAAGCACAUAUGUAAGGAAACCUGAACUGAACUGUUUUGACUCGGACAGAACUAAAUAAACCUGGUCCUAGUGGAGCCUGGACUGGAAUUGGAAAAUGGAGUUGGAUUAGUAAUCUGACACAGACUAAACUGGACUAGACUAGACAGGACUAACCUGUUUAUUCAACUGCCCUGGCGCAAUAUCCACUGCUUUCCAGACCUUGAGGACCUUUACCACCCUUUCUCACAUCUCUCCAGGCCCACUUAAACAGACCCAGUGAUCAGGAGGAAAGCCACAUGUCUGAAGUCAAGAAAGAAAAAAAUGAAUAGAUGAGAGAGAGAAAAAAUCAAAGUAGCAGGGUAUCGGUUAGCCAAAUCAGUUUCAGUCUUCGUCAUCAUUGAUUUUAUCAUCUUAACCCUUAUUACCAUCACUGUCAUCAUCAUAAUCACUACUGUCAUCGCUGAAUAAGUCUACAGGUACAGAGUCAGAGCAUUUUAAUGUUAAGACAGAUGUUGUAUGAGUGUAUAUGACUGCGCCACCUGCAUUGUUAACAUCUCGGUUGUAGUCAUCCGGGCACUCUUUACAUCUUCAUUAUCAUGUUUUCAUUAGAGUGUGUUUACGUGCGCAUAGCAUGUCUGAUAACAGGUCACAUCUCACUUAAUGUUCUAUUUCAAAAUAGUUACAUCUUAAUAUCCGUCUGACAGAUACCCCUUUAUAUGAAUCAUCAGAAUAUUCCAGGUGCUCCUUACUAGCAUCUCUUUCAUCACGCUUUCACUAGAGCAUCAUGAAGGUUAUUAUAAACGGGGGAAUGUGGUUCACCGGUGCCAUCUCAGAUGUGUUCUACCCAAAUGCGUGUGUGUGUGCACAUAAUUGCUCUCACGUCAUCCCUGCUGUCACGACUGAUAUCAUCAUCAUUAUCAUUAUCAUCUUCACUGCUCCAGUUCCCUGCAGAGAUGUGACAGAGAUGUGAGUUGGUCGAAAAGCAAAUAGACGGAGAACCUGAAACCUUUUGACUUAUCCUGGAAAAAAUCCCCCCUCCCCACCCCCCCACUCCUAAAAAAAAGAAACAUGAACGCUUAGUCUCUCACUUCCCCUUCUGUGUUCCCCUCACUUUUUUUC